AUGUCGAGCACUGGAUUGACUGUGGCAUCGAGCAGCAUUGGGGGCUUCGUUGCUGGCUCUGCCAUCUUCUGGCUAUACUUUCACAGAUAUGAAACCCAUCUGUACGCCCUUCGAUACCUCAACACAUUUCUAGCUGCAUCCGUUGCCGCGACUGCAAUCCUCAACCAGGUCUACUCCUUGAGCUGGUCAGAGUCGGCAAGAGUCACGGCGAUUGGAGCUACUGCAUUCCUCGUCGGUGCGCUUGGCAACUGUCUCUACUACCGAAUCUUCCUCAAUCCAUUGAACAACUUCCCCGGACCAUGGCCAGCAAGAAUCUCCAACAUCUGGCUCUCGACUCAGCUCGGAAACUCGGACGGAUACUACUGGCUACAGGAGCAGCACAAAAAGCAUGGCAAAGUUGUGCGGAUUGGAAGCCAUGACAUUUCCAUCACAGAUCCUGAAGUCAUGGAGCUGGCAUACGGAAGCAAAUCCCGGGUCACCAAAGCGUCAUGGUACGACAAUGACUACCCUCUCAGCUCCAUGCACACAACCAGAGACAGAGGUCUCCACGAUCGACGUCGUCGUGUAUGGGCGCCUGCAUUUAGUGAGAAGGCUCUGCGAGACUACGAGGUAGAAAUCCAGAACUUCAACGACAAGUUCAUCACGAAAGUUGGCGAGCACGGAAAGGAACCCGUCAACCUCACCAAGUGGUUCAACCUUUUCUCCUUCGACGCCAUGGGUUUGCUGGCCUUUGGUCGUGACUAUGGAAUGAUGGACAGGGGUGAAAAGCCACAUGAAUUGGAAAUGUUAGACGAGGGGAUGCAGCCGCUUGCAUAUCGUCUUCCGAGCUGGUUCUUCCGCAUGUUGACCCAGAUUCCUGGUCUGGCCGCGGGCUACAACAAAUUCGUUGCCUUUUGUGYUAGUGAAUUGACAUGGAGAGUCAAGCACGCCAGUGAGAAGAAGCGGGAUAACGAUAUUAUGGGCUGGUUACUGCAAGCUUAUAAGGAUGUUGCGAACCCAGAGAAGGACCCUAUGUUGCAGGCAGAUGCCCGUUUGAUCAUUGUAGCUGGAAGCGACACCACAGCGGCAAGUCAUGCAACAUUCACCUACAUGUUCUACCACCUAGCCCAAAAACCCUCCAUAGUACAAAAGCUCCGAGAAGAACUAGACCCCCUAACAAAAAGCAGCGGCGGCGGCGACGGCAACAACUGGCAAGAAAAAGACAUUCGAAGCGCCGAAUGUCUAAAUGGCUGCAUCAAUGAAUCUCUCCGUAUGCACCCUCCAGUCCCCUCGGGCGUCAACAGACUCACUCCCCCCGAGGGAUUACAAGUCGGUGAGAUUUGGAUUCCGGGGAAUACUACUUUUAUUACGCCUAUGUAUGUUAUGGGUAGAGAUCCGGAUAUUUAUGAGGAGCCUGAUACAUUCAUCCCUGAGCGCUGGUAUUCGCAGGGAGAAAAGGUUAAGCAUAAGGAUGCUUUUGCGCCGUUUUCAAUGGGACCUUUUGGAUGCAUUGGCAAGAAUUUGGCGCUCAUGGAGUUGCGAACCCUUACUACGAAGAUUGUGCAGAAGUUUGAUAUGAAGCUGGCACCGCAUGAGGAUGGAUCUAGAAUCUUGAAGAAGACUAAAGAUCACUUUACUGUUGAUCUCGGCGAUUGCGAGGUGUUGUUCAGCGAGAGACAGCGUUGA